AUGGGCAAGAUCAUCUUCUUCGAGGAAAGGAACUUCCAGGGUCGUUCCUAUGAGUGCACGAGCGACUGCUCUGACAUGACCUCCUUCCUGAGCAGGUCCCAGUCCUGCAGGGUGGAGAGCGGCUGCUUCAUGGUCUAUGAGCGCCCCAACUUCAUGGGCAUGCAGCUCUUCCUGAGGAGAGGAGAGUACAGUGACAUGCAGCGCAUGAUGAGCAUGGGAAUGAUGUUUGACUCCAUCAGAUCCUGCAGAAUGAUCCCCUAUCACAGAGGUCCAUUCAGGAUGAAGAUCUAUGAGAGGGAGAACUUGACUGGCCAGAUGCAGGAGCUGCUGGAAGACUGCGACAACAUCCUGGAGCGCCUCCGCAUGUCCGAAUGCCUGUCCGCCAACGUGCUGGAGGGACACUGGCUCCUGUACGAGCAGCCCAGCUUCAGAGGCAGGGUGCUGUACCUGAGGCCCGGAGAGCACAGGAGCUUCAGGGACCUGGGAAUGAGCACCACCAGGUUCAUGAGCAUGAAGCGUAUCACUGAAAUGUGCUAG